CAUUGCUAAUAUACGCCAUUUGCCACUUAUUACUGGGGUUGCAUUUGCAUUAAUUUAAUCUUAAUUUACACGGGGUGGUUUAAAGAGAACAGUUCAAUAUUUGACACCAGCAACAAGUAAAUACAUAGACAAUCUUAAAAACACAACACUAUAAAUAAAAGGAUAAGAAAAAAGCAUGGUGUUUAACCAGCAUGGAACACUGUUUUGACGACAUGCAGCGUACAGCUGCUGGCCAUAAAAUGAAGUGAGAGUAACAAUGCACCUGUACUGUUCUCUCAUGAAGUCCAUCCAAAGUCAGCAUGAAUGCAGUUUGACCGGCACAGCAGGUGAACAUCUUUCUGUUCAUUUUGUUCCUUUCAUUUCAUUUCACUUUGCAGACAUUUUAAACUCCUCAUUCUGCACAAAGACCCCUCAGAUGUGACCAGACUCAGGAUGAUCCAGGGUUUAGACAAAGGUGGGGAUCAUGUUUGUAAUGCUACUAACACUCCUCUUCAUUGUCAGCCUACUUAUGUAGCCUUUCUUUUUUACCAUUUUCACUUAGUUUCUUUUUAUAUUUUGAUUUCACCCUAGAAUCAUUGUAUUUGUUUGUACUGUGCUAGAUUUUCUGUGCACCUGUAGUUUUAAAAAGCACCAUAGAAACAGAGUGUAUGCACCUAUAAUAAGAGCUGCACUGCUGAAGUACCUUUGAGCAAUUAGAUCCACCUUUGUGAAACGCAUUGAGAGAAGUCGUUGAGCAGCCGCGUGUGAUCUGAUGUGACCCCGCAGACAGUCAGGUGUCACACCUGGAGCCCGGCCGGGCUGCUAUGCGCAGGGCGGCCUGCAGGUGUCGCCGAAGCUUCGUCGGCAGCCCGGCUGUCAGCAGCAUGUACUGUACAGUGGGGCAGCUGGGCAUUAUUUUGCUUCCCAGACUGGAAACCACUGUAGUGCAGUUGGACUUGACGUCUAGCAACACAACAUCACAGACUUUAAACAAGCAGACACGGCGACUUAGCACGUUAGCGACUGCAUUUACAGAGUGCAAGUUCCACUGCACCAAUGGGAAUUGUUUGCGUCUGGGCUCGCUGAUCUGUAACCAGCUGAAUAACUGUGGGGACAACAGCGAUGAGGAGAACUGCCCUGUGGUCACCCAGCACCCUCCACCGGGCAUCUUCAACUCUGAACUGGAGUUUGUUCAGAUCGUCAUCAUCAUCGUGGUGAUGACAGUGAUGGUGGUGGUGAUCAUCUGCCUGCUCAACCACUACAAGCUCUCCACCUGGUCCUUCAUAACAAGGCAGAGCCAGGCCCGCAGACAUGACCAUACCCUGCAGCAGGAUGGGUGUCUGUGGCCUUCAGACAGCGGCUCUCGACAAGGUGCCUCGGAGGUGUUAUACGCUCCCCAGGCCAGGGAUCGCUUCACCGCUCCCUCCUUCAUGCAGCGUGACCGCUUCAGCCGCUUCCAGCCCACCUACCCGUACCUGCAGCAUCAGAUCGACCUGCCGCCCACGAUCUCGCUGUCAGACGGCGAGGAGCCCCCGCCGUAUCAGGGGCCCUGCACCCUGCAGCUACGCGACCCCGAGCAGCAGAUGGAGCUCAACCGUGAGUCGGUGAGGGCGCCGCCCAACCGGACCAUCUACGACAGUGACUUGAUCGACAUGGGAGGAGGCGGGAGCCUGGGAGGGGUGGGGGGAGGAGGCGGAGGAAUGGGAGGAGGCGGCCCAAGGCCGCCCAGCAGUAACUCGGGCAUCAGUGCGGCCAACUCCAGCAGCCAUGGGCGCAUGGAGGGCCCCCCGCCAGCGUACAGUGAGGUGAUGGGUCACUACCCCGGCUCAGCGUUCUUUCUACACCAGCACAGCAAUAACCAGAGGGUUGGGGGGCCGGGGAGCAGGACGAUCCAGCAGCAGAGCCAAUCAGAAAGCACAAUAGUACCUGCCAAGGCCAAGGAUGGCCAACCGGAGGACCUGGUGUGAAGAAAAGGGUAGGGGGGCAGGUGGGGCCACCCACCCCAGACUGAAAACUGUCUCACCUCUUCACCCCUGAUCACCUGCAAGCAGUGGUCUCUCUAUCGCUCUCUCUAUCUCUCUGUCUCUCUCAUGUCCUCUCUCCACACUCCCAUGCACAAAUAAAUAUCAACCUUAGCUACAAGAAAACAAGGAAAGAGAGGAACCAAGAGUUGAUUUCACUUCAGUUUCUUUCUGAUGUUAGUAACUCAAACAUCUAGCACUGCUGGGGCAGACGGAUGCACUGCGUGGAGAGUGUUUCUUUUUUUUUCUUUUUCUUUUUCCGGCUACAUGAGAAAGAAACAUACUGCUAGCACAGAUUUGGGUGACGGCUCUGUCCCCGGGAACUGAGGAUUUCUCUUUUUUUUCUUCUUAUUUUGUUUUUAUUUUUUUAUUUUUUUCGGACCGGGAUCUGUGCACAAAGCGAGAACUGAGAAUCAAGGACUUUAACAGAGAACACAACAAAAACAAGAGACUCACAAAACCCAAAUCUUAGUGCCAAGGUUCACGAGGAAGCAAAGCAAAGGGGGAGGGGGAAAAAAAUGACUCGUUCUAACAUUCAAAACACAAAAAAGAAAAGUUAUCUAAAAGUUGCACUAUCUUUUUGUUGUAAAAGAGAAGAGGGAAAUUAUGCUAUGUGAUGAUGAUAAUAAUGAUGAUGAUGUGUUUUUUUUUUUUUUCUUCGUCCUUUUCAUGAAUGGACUGACUGACCGAACUUUGGCUCCAAAGUUGUUUUCAACAGUUGGGAGCAAAAAAAAAAAAAAACAACAAACAAAGUAUUAUAAGCUUAUGUCCUUCCUUUUUUGAAAAAAAAAAACACGCAAGAAAUACUCGUACCCAGCCUACAACAUCUCUGUCUGCUUACACCACAGGCACAGUGAGACUUAGUAAGAGAAUAACCGUGCUCACAUCUGUGUACACUUCAGCCUAGUGGGGGAGAAAUCUGCCUUGUGACCAGCCGCUGGGUGGACCACGACAAAUUUUUACUAUUUUUUGGUUGGUUACAAGAUUUGGUUGAGAUUAGUUCUUAAACUUUUAGAAAGAUGAAAGCUGCUCGGCACGAUCCGGCACACUUCACGCUAACGUUUCUGGGAAAUCUGGCCAGCUUCUUGGAUAUGAAGUAAACCGAGAACAACACUGACUGAACUAAAAAAAAACAACAAACAUAUCUAACAGUCCACCCAGCGGCCCGCUCACAGCAGAUUCUUCACUUUUCAACUCUGUCCCGACCUCUGAGCACCUGACACUUCCUCUUUCCUGUUUCCUGCGCCCCACCCCGCCCCCGCCCCUCUCCUCUGUCUCCCUGUUCAUCUCGACAUGCACAGUGCAUUCUGCCAACAGCCACACUGAACACGAACCCCACCGCCAUGACAACGAAAACACAUAAAAAACAAAAAAAAAACAAAAGAAGGCUCGGCUCUCCGUCUUCACGUCUCUAAAGCCACAAAAUAAAAAAAAUCAAACCCCAAGACGACACAAAGUGACGAUUCCUGUCUGCGUCCGCCAGCACAGCGAUCAGGUUUUAAACGAAAACCGUCUGUGGUCGAAGUCAAAGGGCUAUGGGAGGGUCCUUUUUGUUAAAGACAACCUUUUUGAAAAUUGAGCCUUUUUCUCUGCUCAUCGUUGCCUUCUCCUCUGCUCUUGCGCUUUCUCUGUCUCUCUAUAUCUCGUUUGCGUUCAACACUAGCGCCCACCUCUCUCUAUCUCUCUCUACCCCCUUCCCCCUCUUCCCAUUCCAGCUUUUUAACACACACCCUUCAUCAUCCCUCCCUUCAUCCCGCGUGUAGAAAAAGUGCGUUCAAAUGAUGCAGAGUCCGCCAAGCCCUUUAAAGUGGAGACUGGAGUGGAGCCCUUGUUUGGCAGUGUGCUAGUGCAGUCCUCUCUUCCCCGUAUGUGUGUGUGUGUAUGAGUGAUUUAUUAGCCGACUGCUUUGUGUAAGUUUAGAGAUUCAAGGACAUAUGACUUAUUUGGCACUGUCCAUAUUAACACAUCAUUAAUUAAGCUUUCAUUAAAGCCGCAGAUGCGUGGUGGUUAUUAUUGCGGUGCAGGAGCUCAGAGAGAGUGCACACCACAGUCCACCCCGCCUUUCUUCAGAGUGAGACAGCAGAUUCACACACCGUGUCCCAGUUUCAUACUACAUACUGAUCCUCAGCAGGUUCAUGUAAAAAAAAAAAAAGAUGCGUAGUGAAAAAAAUCAG